AUGACGUCCAGUGUAGGCGGUGGUCUGGCGGUUGUUGUGGCGGUUGUGAGCGGCUUUGUACUUGUAACAGUGUACUUACAAAGGAAAGGAAUUGGAUGUUUUGCGUCGAAAAAAUUGGAAGUGUGCAAAGACCCUCCGAAUACACCCCACACUGAAGACAGUGACUACGCAACUAUCACCGACAUCAUUGAACCACAGGAAUAUCUCCCAGGACCACACAACGUCGACCAUGAUGACGGUGCCAACGACAACUGCCCUGACAGCAAACGUGGUAUCAGUGUGACCAGGACAUCAAAGAUAACAGAAGUUGACGGUUACAUUGACAUCCUGGACAAAGGAUCCUCGCUGAAACGGAAGGGUGGUUCUCGCAGGCACGCGUUAACAGAAAGCAAAGGCUCUCUGAGAUCUCGGAACGAUGGUACCGGAAGUACGUAUAGUGAACAGAUCCAAGGGCGUAGUGGGAGACGUGCCUUCAUUGAUCCCUGUGAUGAGGAUGAAGAGGAUGAAGAUGUGUCCAGACUUGACCAAGGGUUGUCAAUAACAACAAGUCACUACCUGUGUCCCUGCCAAGACGAACCGACGAGCGAACCAUGCAUACUUUACGACUUUGCAGAAUCGUGCGGAGAACAAACAGUUACUGAUGUUGACGGGUCUAACGGGGCGCCGAGCGUCAGAGACCUUACUUAUGCAUACGAAAAGAUGAUACGAAGUACCGAUAAUGAGUAUUUGGAUCUCUCCGAGGACCAGGACGGCGGUUACGAGAAGCCAGUGCACCAGCAAGGAGGAACGUAUCUGGAUCUGUGUGGGGAGGAGGACCGGAGUAUACCGCCAUCAUCGACAUGAACAACCAGUACGUCCCUACUGGACACACCAGGUACAUGUAUCUCUGUAGACAUGGAUCCUAUGUGCAUCUCUAUGGAGAAGUCACUUAUGGACGUGCAACCUACAUGUAUAUAUCUAUGGACAUGCUACCUACUUGUUUGUGUAUGGACAUUCCACAUUCGUGUAUUUCAAUGGCCAUGCCAACUAAAUGUAUAUCUAUGGACAUAAAACCUUCUAAUAUAUCUUUGGACAUGCCACAAACAUAUUUCUCUAAGGACAUGCCAUCUAUGUGUUUUUCAAUGGUCAUGCUGGUAUAUUGCUGAGUGAGGCGUUAAACAACAAACAAACAAACACAAGUUGUUGCCUAAAGGUGUCAACAGUUUACUAAUGUUGUACUAUACAGAUUACACAAGCCAAACCCAUGUAA